AUGACAGUGCGUCUCUCGCGGAUCCAGCUCGCCCUCUUCUUCAUCCUGCUUUGCCCCGUGAACAUCAUCGGGUUGUGGUGGGCAGUGGGCAGUCCGCUCGUCAUGGACCCCAACAGCAUCUGCAGGAAGGCCAAGCGGCUGGUGGGGAAGCAGGCCGAGCUGUGCCAAACUCAGCCGGAGAUUGUGAGCGAAGUGGCCAAAGGAGCGCGGCUCGGGGUGCGCGAGUGCCAGUACCAGUUCAGGUAUCGCCGAUGGAACUGCACCAGCCACAACAAGUACUUCGGCAAAAUACUGCAACAAGACAUCCGUGAGACCGCGUUCGUCUACGCCAUCACCGCGGCCGGAGUGACCCAUGCGGUGACCCAGGCCUGUAGUAUGGGCGACCUGCUGCUGUGCGGGUGUGAGGCCACUCGCAACCGCGCCCCUCCCCGGCCCUCCUCCUACGCCGCGGGGGACGGGGUCAAGUGGGAGUGGGGCGGCUGCGGCGACGACGUGGAGUUUGGCUACGAGAAAUCCAAACAGUUUAUGGACGCGAAGAGGAGGAGAGGGAAGAGCGACAUCAGGACGCUAAUAGACCUGCAUAAUAAUGAGGCGGGGAGAUUGGCUGUGAAGCUGUACAUGCGCACCGAGUGUAAAUGCCACGGUCUGUCCGGCUCCUGCACGCUCCGCACCUGCUGGAAGAAGAUGCCGCAUUUCCGGGAAGUGGGCGACCGACUCCUGGAACGAUUCAACGGCGCUUCCAAAGUCAUGGGCGGCAACGACGGCAAAACCCUCAUCCCGGUGGGCCAGAACAUCAAACCGCCCGACAAACAGGACCUCAUAUACUCAGACGAAUCGCCCGACUUCUGCCUGGCCAACCGCAAGACGGGCUCCCUGGGCACUAGGGGGCGCACUUGCAACAGCACGGCCCUGGACAUCAGCGGCUGUGACCUUCUGUGCUGUCAGAGAGGCUACAAAGAGGAGACUGUGGUGUUUGAAGAGAACUGCUUGUGUCGUUUUCACUGGUGUUGCGUGGUCCAAUGCAAAAAGUGCUCGGUUCGAAAAGAUCUCAGCGUGUGCCACUGA